AUGCCCAUCACCGUCUUCAGCCGCAAACCCAAGGUACCAGGCACCACCAGCUACCACCUCAUUUUCCGCAAAUGGCCUCGCAUCCCCCGGAGAGGCACCUGGUGGCUCAUGCCGUUCGAGCUCGCCGGCACCGUCACCGCCCUCGUCAUCUUCGGCCUCUCCCAGCCUAACCUCUACCGCACUGAUAUGUGGCAGAUUGGCUGGGAUCACAGACUCAACUCCAACCCGGCUAUCAAGCUCUUCGCCUACGCCAACCACACCCCUCAGCCGCAUAUCGCUUUUGUGUGGACAAGGACUCUCACCGAUUUCAAUGUCGCCAUCUCAGUCCUCUCCCUCUUUAUGCUGCUCAGCAAGCUCACGGCCAACAUCAUGAGAGUGUGGUUCCCCGUUCUCGCCACCUUUAUCAACGUCGGCAUGGUCGCUCUCUAUGCUGUGAGCACCUACGGCAAUAUCGGCCCUGAUUACAUCGAUUCUCGAUAUCCCGCUCCCUCCGCCUGGUACUUACGCAAGGGCUGUGACCUGGCCAAGCCCUACGGUCACUACAAGGCUUGCAGAAUAGCACAGGCAGCCGUGGUUCCGUCCGUAUAUCUGCUCACCGUUUACGUUCUCAACCUUGCCUUUGCCAUCUGGGCCAUGUGGCCCAACAAGGAAAACGACGUGGUCGACGAAGAUGACGAGUACUCCACGACAUCCGAGCCCAAAGAGAGCCGCAACUGGGAGAUGCAAAGCAUGAAGUCCCCCAUCAGCUACAACCAAGCGCCCUUUACACCCCGCACGCAGGCCUUCCACACUCUGGACCGCCAGCUGCCGCUGCGGUAUCAGCAGACCCGAUGA